AUAAUAUAAAAAAAAAUUAAAAAAAAUAAAAGAAGCGAUAACCUGUGGCUGAGGCGGAUGAUCCCUACUUCUUUUUAAUUCUCCCCAGAAUAGUUAUAGGUUAUCCUCCAAAAUCGGAUAAAUUCCUCCUCCUUAUCCUCUCCUGCUCCUCGAAACCCCUAAUCCUUGCGCUCGGAUAAGCGAUUUUGAUUUUGAUCGAAAUGCUCAGCGUAUUUGAUGUGGGAACGACGCGAUAGCGCAACAGGCCAGAAUCGGAUUCCGGUGAUCGAUCAUCGGACGGCGGAGAUGGCGGCCGCAGCGGGCGGCGACGAGGAGGCCCCCCCCUCCCCGAAUUCCGGCCGGCUGAAGCUGCUUUGCAGCUACGGCGGCAAGAUCCUCCCCCGCCCGUUGGACGGCCAGCUAAAGUACGUCGGCGGCGAGACCCGAGUCCUCGCCGUUCCCCGCUCCGUCUCCUUCGCAGAGUUGAAGGGGAGGAUCGGGUCGAUGUUCGAAGCGCGGGAGGUGGCGGUGAAGUACCAGCUGGCGCCGGAGGAGCUGGACGUGCUCGUGUCGGUCACGUGCGACGAAGACCUCGCGCACAUGCUCGACGAGUACGACCGCUCCUGCCCAGCUGCGGCCACGCUGCUCCCCCUCUCCUCCCCUCCCUCGGCCGGGAACUCGCCUACGUCGUCCUCCGCCGUCCGAUGCGGCGCGGGCCGCGGGAUGCAUCGGGUGCGGAGCACGCCCAACCUCGGCGGGUCCGGGUCCGGGUCCGGGUCCGGCCCCGGCCCGGCCCACAAUUUUAGUGGGCCUUUGCAGUACUACUACUACAGCCCCUACCAUCAUUAUUCGGGGCCGGGGAGGAACGUCGGAGGUUUUGGCGGGUUUGGUGGUGGGGCCCAGCGGUACGACGUGUGCCGCUGCGGGUGCGGGUGCGGGUGCCGCGUGGCGUGGGGCCCGCAGCAGCCGCCGACGCCGCGCGGGCACUACGCGCUGGGGACGGGUGGUGGUGGGGGCUGCGCGUGCGUCGGACACGUGGACGACGGGGCCCACCUGCCGCCGAGGAGCGGCCCCUCCGCGGUGCCGACGCGGAAGAUGACGAUCUGGGAGUGAGACUUGGCACGCUUACCAGUGAUCACAGCCAUAUAUUCAUUGAAUCUGGUUAUUAUAAAUAUAUAUAUAUAUAUAGAGAGAGAGAGAGAGAGAGAGAGAGAGAGAGAGAGAGGAGUUAGAACUAUUACGUUAUCAGAAAUAUGGAAGUAUAGAGGAUCUGGUAUUUUUAACUUUUUGACUCUUAGAUGAACCCUUUUAAUCA